GUCCCCCUCUACCGGAGGGUUUUAGAAUUUAGCAACUCCCCGUUGUUUCAGGAAUAUUCUUCAGCUAACUAUUGAAGCUAUGGGCAAAGCUUCCAGGGAUAAAAGGGAUAUUUACUAUCGGAAAGCAAAAGAAGAAGGCUGGCGUGCUCGAAGUGCCUUCAAGCUUCUUCAGAUAGACGAAGAAUUCAACAUUUUUGAAGGAGUAAAGCGCGUGGUGGAUUUGUGUGCUGCCCCCGGUAGCUGGAGUCAGGUCUUGAGUCGGAAAUUAUAUCUCCCUGCGAAGCAGUCCCCUGACUCAAAGGAUGAUGAUCUCCCUCUUAUUGUAGCCAUUGAUUUGCAGCCAAUGGCUCCAAUUGAAGGUGUAAUUCAAGUUCAGGGUGAUAUAACUAAUGCUCGAACUGCUGAAGUGGUAAUUAGACAUUUUGAUGGCUGCAAGGCUGAUCUUGUUGUGUGUGAUGGUGCUCCUGAUGUUACUGGUCUUCAUGACAUGGAUGAAUUUGUUCAGUCCCAACUCAUACUUGCUGGUUUAACAAUUGUUACUCAUGUACUUAAACAAGGUGGAAAAUUUAUUGCAAAAAUAUUUCGUGGAAAAGAUACUAGUCUUCUGUAUUGCCAGCUGAAAUUAUUUUUCCCUGUAGUGACUUUUGCAAAACCAAAAAGCAGCAGAAACUCCAGCAUAGAGGCAUUUGCAGUUUGUGAGAAUUAUUCCCCUCCUGAAGGAUUUAAUCCAAAAGACUUACAUCGCCUCCUGGAGAAGGUGGGCAGUCCCUCAGGUGUAGAUGAUCUAGAUUGCAGUAGCGGAUGGUUAGAAGGGCCAAAUAAGGUUUAUAUCCCAUUUUUAGCUUGUGGGGACCUAAGUGGGUAUGACUCUGACCGUUCAUACCCACUACCGAAAGUUGCUGAUGGAACUUACCAGAGCUUGGAUCCCGUCCAGCCACCUAUUGCCCCUCCCUAUAAGAGAGCUCUUGAAAUGAAGAAAGCUUCCAGUCAAGGUAUCCGAGACCUUGAAAAGCUUUCUUUGGAUUCUUGAUCAAAGCCGAAUAAGGUUUGUAUCCCAUUUUUAGCUUGCGGGGGACCUAAGUGGGUACGACUACCGAAAGUUGCUGACGGAACUUACCAGAGCUUGGAUCCCAUCCAGCCACCUAUUGCCCCUCCCUAUAAGAGAGCUCUUGAAAUGAAGAAAGCUUCCAGUCUAGGUAUCCGAGACCUUGAAAAGCUUUCUUUGGAUUCUUGAUCAAACUGUAACUAGCAUUAACUAGAUGGACAUAUAUUAAGAAAUGGAUAAAUCAUUGUAGUAUCAAGUUAUUAAUGGAGGAGGGACAAAUGAUUACUGUUCUUGUUCUACAUAUUAUGUUCUCUCUCUUUAUUUUUUCCAAGAAAAGAAAGUGGAGUGCUCUCUA